CUUGAGUAAAGAAGGGGAUAAAAGAAAAGUUGUGAAAAAUCUUGUCUUAGUAAGAAAGUUGGCUUUGUACGGUGUACCUAGAAUACCAUUAGCAAUACAGAAGAAGGAUGAAGGCCUGGAUUUUUGUAAUAUUUUCCCUCUUCGCUGGCUUUAUUUUUCAGGUUAAUGGAGACUAUGAAGUGUCUGUAAAGUUAUUGGAGUACAACAGAGACCCGGCCGAUUGCUGUGAUAGACCACUAUUCUUUGGGUGUGACGAGUGUGACGUUUAUUUCCAGAUCUGCUUGAAACCAUUACAACCAAUACAAUAUCAAAAGUGCUAUGGGAAAAAUGAAAACCAGCGAGUUACCGAAACAAAUAACUUUUUAUUCGCCGAUAAACUAAACUCCGCUGAUUCCUACUCCUGGAAAGACAUCAGAGGGCAGCCGUCGUUUGAUAUUUCUGUUCAUGCCUUUGACUUGGACAUCACGGGAUCUGAGGAUCUUGGGGUAACAACAUACGAGGAGUAUAGAGGUAACACAACUGACACAACUAAGAAAAUGACUGUCACAACAGCACCUGGGAGAAACAAUUUACGGAUAAAGUUAAUCCUGGAUGUUUCAAGUGGACAAGAAAGUGUGAAUACUCCAAUAGAGAAAUGGCUACAUUUAGUUUUUGCUGUGUCCGCUGCCUCGUUGUUUUGUCUUUAGACAGUAAAUACAUCUCCUGCAUGGGUUUGACAAAUACAAGGCUUUUUAUGAAUUUAUUUGAUUUUGAACCAUUCAGUUUUUUAAUGCUUAAUCAACUAUUUCUGUAUCAUAUGAUCUUGUCAAGUAUGAAGAUUUCUGUGCUUUUCCUUUUUAAUAAACGAUAGAAUACUCUACAACUAUACCUACAACGUGUAACACUAAACCAAAUCAAAACAAUACUUCAAACAGAAGUACGUCAAAACCUGGACGUACCCAUAACCUUAAGAGUAAAAUGGCUUAGGACAUAACUUGAAUAACUUGACAAAUUCUGAAGGAAAUUUGAAAUGAAGUUGUUUAGGAGUUGAACACAAACUUUUCACGAUAAAAACUCUAUCAGCAUGUCGAUCUGACUGACAGACAGGAGUAGUUCUAGACCUGAUAUCAACGUUGAAGACAGAUAAUAAGUUCAAACAAAAUAUUAAUAUUCUAGCAAAAAAAACACUUUUAUUUUAAAAAGAAGAGAGCAUAAGUACAACACUUGCAGUGAGUUUUCCGAAUAUUUUAAUAAAAAGUCAAAUUUCUGAGUUUUUGUUUAAUCAAACACAGAUUUAUGGUUUACUUUCUCUGUAUUUUUAGUACUGUUUUUCACAUCACGUUUUAGGACAAUUUUCUUCA